GCUGGAUGUGGGAGAGCAGACGGACUGCAUGAGUGACUCUGCCAAUAAGGUUCUCCUGAGAAGUUCGGAAGGAAGAAUACGUGUUUCGAGCCUUCUUGCUGAAGUCCACCUCCGCUUUCUUUUGAUUCACCUCCAACUGACUGGAGCUUUGUUUCCACUGUGAAACUUUUUUAAGAUCUCAUCAUGAUUUUCUCCUUGUGGCCAUCCUCGGUGCGCAGUUGCGCACGGCAUUGUGGCUCUUCGUCGACUUUAAAUUUGUGACGUGAUGGGAAACCACCGAGGAGGGACUCUGUCGUGAUGGAACGAGUUUAUAAAGGCAAAUAUUCUCUUCAUUCUUGGAUGAAAUGACAAGUCGUGCCAUAUUGAUGGAGCGGGCGGUGUUUUUGAUAUGCUGUGUGUUGAUUCUGAUCAUCGGUAUCUGUCUUGGAUCUCCGAACCACAACCAUCGGCUGGUGUGUUGGAAAGCCAUCCUCAAGUGCCACGGUGAGUCGGAGUGUCGUUACGCAUAUGAUCAGUACCUCUAUGCCUGCGCAUCUGUCAUCAGCGGGUCGCGGAAGAAGUGUCCCAGUCACUGCAUAUCGUCUCUGAUUCAGCUCAACCUGACCCGGACCGGCCCGGCUCUGGAGGACUGCGACUGCGCCCUGGACCCGGUCUGCAGGGCCACCAAACAAGCCAUCGAGCCGUGCCUGCCGCGCACCAGCACCAUGGGCUGCACCGAGGCUCGGCUGCAGUGCGAGAUGGACCAGGCUUGCAGCUCGGCCAUGAAGGACUAUCUGUUUCACUGUAGGAAACUUUUUGGUGGGCAAAGGUGCUCGGAUAGUUGCCGCAGGAUGAUCGCCAACAUGCGCUCCAUCCCCAAAGCGCAGCAGCUCGACUCGUGCGUGUGUGAUGGCACGGAAAGAAACAUUUGCGAGUAUAUCAAACUGAGCAUGAAAACUCUGUGCUCUGACUCCAGAGACAGGUUCGCUGGAAGCGGAUUUUCAGACGCCGAGGAGGAGUCAGAGGACGAUUACAUCGACCAGGAGGAUUAUCAAUCUGUGGAAGGUUCCAGCGGCUCUCCGACUUGUCAGACACUAUUGAACAUCCUGAUUCUGGUCUUUGUCAAAUUUAUCUGAGGAUCUUGUUUGAAAGAAAUCAAUUUUCUUAAAUGACUCAAAGAAGCAAACACGUUUAAGCUGUGGAUGAGAGCUGUUAUACUUAACUUCAGUGUUGAAAUGAGCUGUUUAAGUGUAUUUUAUUAUAUAAAAUCAUGUCUUGAAAAUAUUUUUAUAUGAUUUUAUGAGUAAAAAAGGUGAGCUCCAACAUUAUGUCCAUAGAGGAAGAUCAUGUAAGUGCCUAAAGCCCUUUCACAUGAUGUGAAAGCCCCCAUACCCCUUUCAUGUAAAACCAAAGUUGAUGUAAACCACUUGAAUGUGUUGGAACCCCAAGGCAGAUCUCGCAUCUGUAAAUAAAAGCUCUUACAUGGAAACGCAGUUGUCCUCGUAAACCAUGGGUGUUAGCAUGAGGUUCAAAGUGUUCUUUCCUGAAAUCCUGAAAAAUGGUCAAACAGAGCAGCAAGACAGCUUAACUCCUCCUUUUUGGGCCGUUUGCAGCACAAAUAGAGCCAAGAAACAUUAAUUAAUUUGUUUUUCCCCACUGUUUGUUGUCCAUAAAGACAUGUCCUGCUUAAGGGGGGAAAAAUAGUGAAUGAUUGCAGAUAUUAUGUUUCUCAAAUGACCAAAAACACAUGUAUGUUAAAUGAUAUGAUGUUUAAAAUGAUUAUUUGUUUCAUUUUAGUUCACGGAUCUUCAUCAGUUCCUUCUUGUCUUACUUUGUCUUCUGUGAAGAUUUUACUACAUUUUGAUAUUCGUGAGCACAGUUCUGCAGCAUUCUUGGAAAUUUGUCUGUUUAGUA